GGAGAGAUACAGUGGAUGAGUGGAGUGUAUAUGUAUAGAUAUUUAUAUUUAUAUGAUUUUAAAGUUUAUUUUGUAUCGAAUUUAGUUUCUCGAUUGUUCUUCUUCUUCUUCUUCAUCUUCGUGUUGCGAUGUGGAGGCGAUUAGGGUUUCUCUCUCCUGCGAUCUCUUCGAGCAAACGCCAAAAUAGGAUACCAGAAAGUCUAAAGUUAGUGAUGCUCUUCGCGACAGACGCUGUGAAAGAUGAUAUUACUGCUUCAAGAAGGCCUUUCAUAACUUUUGUCUUGGGUGGUCCUGGGAGCGGAAAAGGGACCCAAUGUGCAAGAAUUGCUUCAGCAUUUGGAUUUGCUCAUCUCAGUGCUGGUGACCUUUUGAGGGAAGAAAUGUCCUGUGACAGUAAAAAGGGGAAAUUGAUCCGUGACAUAAUUAUGGAAGGAAAGAUUGUUCCGUCAGAGAUAACUGUACACUUGAUCAAGGAAGCUAUUAUGUCAAGCUCUGCAGACAGAUUUUUGAUUGAUGGAUUUCCCCGGAGUGAGGAAAACCGAAUUGCUUUCGAAACUAUUAUUGGAGUAGAACCAAACCUUGUGCUUUUUUUCGAUUGUCCGGAGGAGGAGAUGGUUAAACGUGUGCUGGGCCGUAAUCAGGGUCGAAUUGAUGAUAAUAUCGAGACAAUAAAGAAACGCCUUAAAGUGUUUGAGAUGUUAAAUCUUCCUGUUAUCAAUUAUUACUCUGCCAAGGGUAAACUUUACAAGAUUAAUGCGACAGGAACUGUCGACGAAAUCUUUGAGAAGGUUCGCCAUCUCUUUGGCUCCUUAAGACCUUGACUUGAGCGUAUCAUUCUGCGGAAGCCCAGAUAAUGCUCCAGAAGCCGUAAGUGAAGUGACAAACUGGCGCAGUUUUUCUUCUAAUUUUCUUUUAUUUUCUGUGUUUGCUUAAAAGAAAAAAUCUUUAUUGUUAGCUUAGGUUAUACAGAGAUAUUAUAUUAACUGUUCCCCCAUUGCAAUAACUCAACCCUCACUAUUUAAUCUUCUUUUCCUUCCCUCAAUCUCUCCAUGUAAUAAUUGUAUGAAAUUUUCUUAAUGUAAUUCCGAUUAUGCUGUAGAACAUCUGAGCUUUUAUUGGAAAGAACUUCAGAGCUUUUAGUGGGAUC